CAGAAAUAUUCAUACUUUUACAAGUCAAGAAACCAAAUUAACCUCUCUUUUCCAUCCGGUCAAUAAUUUACAAUUAUGUAAUUGUCGCCGUACACGAAAUAUGUGUCACAUUACUGUGUAAUGAUGACGACGAGAAAGAUCAUCAUCCAAUAUAGUCUCGUGUGCAAUAAGUUUAAUUUAGAUCCGGGCUCUUACCCGAAUAAAGAGAGAUGCAUCACAGCGGACAAAAAGAGUGAAUAGGAGAGAGCGGAGAUAGAGACAGGAAGAAGGAUCAGGACGAGAGAUAAGCAGCAGUAGGUUAGCAUAGGUCAGUUAUAUAUGAUGUCCAGCAGCAAGGUGUGCCUUAUCUGCUCUCUAGACCUCGUCCAGUCCCCGCCAUUCAUCGAUGAUGAGAAGAACCCCGGAAAAAUACGGAUCUCGACCCUGAGCAAAUUAUUGGUAUCGGCUGGAAAUCGGCUGAAUAUUUGUACGGAAAUUGAUGGCAACGAGAACUGUGACCUUUGUCCCGUCUGCGCCCCCGUGAUCAGCGAGAUUGAACAAGUGCGAGGUCAAAUUGCCGUCUUGGAGGGGAAAAUUGGAGCGAAACUUGGUCAGAUUAGGGAGACAAUUUUGUCGUCGCGAUAUGUAGAUGAUGAGGUUAUGCAAAUUAGGGAGUUUAUCCUUCGCGUGAUAGGCGAGAAUGAGGAAAAACGUGAGUACAAUUUUACCGGGGAUGAAUUUCCGGUAAAAGUGGAACCGGAACUGAAUUAUGACAACGACCUUGGCCGUGGUGAAGACGACCAAUUCUUACCCGACGAUUUUACUUACUCGCCGCCCGAGAACUUGGUGGAAUCAGAGGACCGUAUAAAAUUAGAAGAUCUUGAAGAUGACGAUUCCUCCUUCUGCAUUACUCCACACUCACAAAAGAGAGGGAGAGGACGGCCUAAAAAGUAUGGCAAGGCUGUAGUUCCACGUAAACGCAAAAGAGAAGAUUGGCCCUCACCACCUCCAUCACAAAAACAAGGUAGCUCUAAAAUACCCCGAAAAUUUCAAUCUCGCCCCCUGGAACCUACAAGGUCGUCGACCCGAACACGAAAAACCGUCCUAAAACCAUCUCAAAAACUGGGCAAAAAGAUGCUUACCGUUUCCCUUACCCGGCUCCCCAAAAUUAGGAAACCCACCCCCAAACCGUACAAAUGUUCCUCCUGCGCCCAAUCCUUCAUCGCGGAAAGCGCGCUGACCCGUCACCUCGGCCGCGCCCAUGGCAUCAUUCCCUGCCCCGCUUGUCCCGCCACGUUUUCCUCGUCCAAGGAAAAGGACGACCACGUGAGGAGCGCGCACCAUGCCGCCGCGCCGUUCCAGUGCGCCCUCUGCGGAAACAAGUUUCGUCGCCGGAAUAAGCUCGCGAUUCAUAUGGUUGUUCACCAUGAAAUUGGGGAGAAGACGUUCUCUUGCGGAAAAUGUGGGAAGAAGUUCGUUCUAGAAGAGAAUUUUAAUCGGCACGUGACCCUGCAUGACCUCGAGCAGGUCAAACCGAUCGUGUGUGAGGUGUGCGACUCCAGAUUUGAGGACGAGGAAAGACUAGCUACCCAUCACGAGACGCAUCAUGACGCCAAGUCGAAGUACAGGUGUUCCUAUUGUGGAACGGGGUGCACUUCCAAAAACAACUUGAAUAGGCACAUCCGCACCCACACGAGAGAAAAACCUGAGAAAUGUGACCAAUGCGGGGAAACCUUUAUGGACAGGUUGACCCUGGAGCGACACGUCGUCCGGGAGCACGUGGGCACAAAAUCCCACACUUGUCACGUGUGUGGACAAGCGUUUUAUCUCCAAGCAGACCUCCGAACCCAUCUCUACAUCCACGAGGGCAAACUCCAGGUCAAGUGUGAAACCUGUGGGGAAAUGCUGCCCAAUAAAAAUGCACAUCAAGCUCAUCGCGUCAAAGUUCAUGGCGAGGAUCCAUUUGUUUGUGAAGUGUGUGCAGCCGUAUUUACCUCCUUGCUCUUCUUAAGACGACAUAAAAAGAGACACGGAGCAAUAAAACAGCACAAAUGCGAGGUUUGCCACACUCUUUUCUUCUCUACGAAGGACCUAAAAACGCACAUGACCUCCCACUCGGACGAGCGUCCCUUUCCCUGUCCCCACUGCGAAAAGUCCUUCAAAACUCGGAGCACCCGAGGUCAACAUGUCAAGCACAUCCAUAACGCCAACUUUGUCCUGAAAACGCCCCACAAAUGCGUCCACUGUGGGAAGGAGUAUCCUCGCAAGUCGUAUCUGGAGGGUCACGUUCGUUCCGCGCAUACCGGGGAGCGCCCCUUCGUCUGCACGCACGCGCAGUGUGGGAAGGGCUUCGUGCUGGAGACCAUGUUAACGGAGCACUUGAAGGUGGCCCAUGGAUUGGGGAGGGUGGGGAAGGAGAGGCUGCCCAGGUCGAAAAGGGAGGUCGUCGGGGAGGAAGGGGGUCACUAAUUGGGAGAAAGCUUUUCAUCGGGAUAGAUAAUUCAACGCAUCAAGAUAAGCGAGAUCCCUUAUCACUUUUAGGAUAUAUCGAACCUCCCUCGAGGUCACAUAAUCCUUUGGGGUUUCAAUCUAUAAUUGCUACAUUUCGUUCACUAGGGGCUAUUUGUAAACUUGGUAACUCUGGCCAAUAUGGGCAGGAUAGGGAAAAAAUCCUAUGUUGCAAUACUAAGCUGAUAGUAUUGCAACAUAUUGCUAAUACUGAUAAUAAUUAAUAAUGGAGGUCUUCCAACGUAUGCUCACAGAUUUGGAGGAAACUAGUGUCAAUCGAGCACAAAUUUAAUUAAUAUUAAAUUUGCAAAUGUGGCUUUCUGCCAAUGCACAGGUUUGCCGGAGAUAUUUUAACUGAUCAAAUACUUUUGGAGAUACGUACCUAUUAAAGCUCAAAACUGCCCAAAAUGUGAAAUAAUUGACUUUUUCGCUCUCCAAAAAUCUUGACAAGAUGGUCAAUCUUGACAAGAUGGAAUGGGAAUUGAUGUCAAACUAUGAAUAAGCAUAUAUUCAUGAAUGUUCAAAAUUUUAGAUUGUUUGGAUGAAUUUUAAAUUUACAUUGACCAUUUAACAGUGCAAAUAUGGAUUAUUGCGUGCAUUUCGAUUCCUUAAAAAAAAAUAAAAAAAUAACCGUUUUAUCCUAUCCUGAAAAGUCUCAAAAACAGCCUUGUACUUUACGGGUCUACGGCGACGAUAUUGAAGUUUAAAACAAUACAAUCGACCAAAAAUUCUAUGUCGGAGUGGUCAAUAUUUCAAGUCGAAAUUGCACAUACAGCCACAGUGAGGUUUAAGUUUCUAAAUAAUUCAGUUUUUAGUGUCUCGUUCUCCGUGCAUGAAAAUCCGUUCCAGUAAAUUUUAGGAGAAAUAUUCAUCACCAACGUAUGUAUGUAUUGACGCUAAAGAAAGCGGGUCAGAUGGAAGCGAGGCUUUACAUUCAUAAAUACGGCUUUUCCUUGCAUAUGUAUGAAUGGAAGGCUGUCAGUUUGGCCAAUAUCUCUUCGGCGAAAAAGUUCUGCUAUAGAAUUUUGGAAACAGAACGACAAAAUUCAUUAAUCCUGUUUACAUUACUUUAGAUCUAAUAUUUUAAAAGUACACUUUGGCGAGAAUCAUGUCAUAUUGUGGGAAAAUUGACAAAUAUCUCAUGACUCAUGACGAUAGCACAUAGCUUCAGAAUCUUGUCAUCCAGGGUAGGGGCCGUUCAUUAAUUAUGAAACUCGAUGCAAAUAAUUUGGCAAAAAAUUGUCAUCCGCGGAGGUACUAUCCUCUAUUUUUAAUGAUUAUGGGUAAAGAUUGAACCCGUAAGAUUCGGAAGUCGUUUGUCCCCAGUGGGAACUACGGAGAAAAUUCGUAAACGAAAAUUACGUCUUGUGUUUAAAAACACAGGAUGUUGUUGCCAAAAAUAAUUAAUACUUGCAUGUAAAAGAAUUUCUUAUUUAAAUUAAGACGUUGUAUAUGUUUUUAAAAAAACGAGGUCUGUUUUGUACGCGGGUUUCCGGUUUCGGUGACAAACGUCUCCUAAAUCAUUACCCAAAAAUAUCACGCUACAUAAUUGAUAAUGAUGGGUACGGUCCCCUAUUAAAUAAGUGUAACUGUUUAAAAUUGAAAUAUCUAUGUAAUUAUGUUAUAAGAAUUUAUAUAUAUAUAGUUUAAUAAAAAAACAUGAUUAGGCAAGAUUAAACUCGAAUUUGAUGAAUAGUCAAUUGCAAUUUUAGGGUUAACGGCGUUGCAUAAUUUAGUUUGACCAUUUCAUGAUAUUUUUACCAUACUGGCGAAAAUUUAAGAUUCGCCGAACCGGUGGUGAAUUGUGUAGGUAUUUUUACCCUUCCCGUCCUGGCUUGGAUGAGACAUUGAUUUCCACGCAGCAAGUAUUGUGUAGCGAACUGGUACAUUUAAAAUAGCGAUAAGAUUGUUGGCUGACCGCCAGUUAAUUUGUAUAUGUCAAGGGCAAAGUUGAACUUCUCUCAAUUUCAAUCAAACUCGUCCAAUCUUCAUGUUAAAUAUUUAAUUUUCAUUAGUGCAAAUUCUAAUUCACCUGGCGGUCCUAAUUUAAUAAUAUUUUGUAGCCCUUCUUGUUGUUGUUGAUGUCACUGUCUGCGCUCUUAGAAUAAAUUACAGUAUGGCAUAUAAAUCAAUCAUACGUUAAAAAUGGAUCAGAAUGGAGCAAUCAGUAAACAAUUUUGUGCCUCUGUGGUUUACUGAUUAAUUAUUUAUCCUCAAACCCAGGUUUCUUCAAAAUUAGAUUUCAAAUUUCUUGACGGAGUUUAAUCCAUUAUCAACUGGAUACCGUUUCGGAGUUUGAAACUUGCUAUGUGUUAACAAAAAAGUGAGUAAAAUUCUUCCGCAAAAGUGUUUAUAGAAUUUAUCAUAUAGAACCAUGUACCGCGAAUUAAUCUCACUUCUACAGGGUGCAUAUUUGUUCCCAAAAACUCGCACGUUUACCGCUCUUAUUCAACUUAGCGAUAUUUCUUCGGUUUGCUCAUACACUUCAGUUGCCCAUGUACUUUCGAAAAUGUGUUUCCUAGUUCACGCCUUCCCAUUCAGUUUGGAUACAAAAUAUGUGUUCCGCAACAACUCAAAGUGUGAGUUUCCAUGCAUCUUCGCUCUUGGGGCAAUGUUGCUCCAAUUGAUUAUGUGUUUUGCUUGCUUACAACUACAAUUUUCACAUUCGAUUGGCGGAACUAAAGAGGAAAAUUGGAAACCAAUCCUACUCACAUUUUUCCUGGGAAUUUUUACAGCGGUGGUUUUUAUUUUGUUUCAUUUAUUGCGGGUCCGUAACGAGGCUGUUUGCCUAUUAAAUAGUUCUGACGAUAUGGAAAAAAAAUAUCGAAAACAAGGUUAGAAUUUGCUCUUGGUAAAGAAGCUUACGAGGUGUGAGCUAGGUUAAUUGUCGCUAGAAAUACCAAAAUUUACACACCGGUAUAUUCAACUCGUCACUGUAAAGUCAACAUAAUUUUCAAUAUGUCACUUAUUGAAGUGUUGAAUUUGAAAUGCUAGAAGUUGUUAACAAUAAAGUAAAUUUCUGGAACUACAUGUUCUUAUUAA